CGCGCUGCGCGUUUCUUUAACGCGUAAAUUGGUUUUCCUUGGCUCCCAUUAACGCAAGUCGGUGAUUUUAUAUCACCAUUUCGCACGCUGGUAUCUUCCGCCCUCACCUACAAGCUCGGCCACAGGCAGUCCGACAAGCCAGUAUAUAAUUGAAUCAAGAUGGCAAGCUUCUUUGACCUCAAGGCCAGAAAGGCAGCAGCGGCAGCCAACGGUAACGCCGACCAGAAGCAAGAUAAACCUCCAAAUGCUCGAACUCAACCCUGGGUCGAGAAAUACCGGCCAAAGACACUCAGCGAUGUUACUGCUCAAGAUCAUACCGUUGAUGUGCUCCAAAGGACACUGCAGUCCUCCAACGUACAUUACCCCCUUGCUCUGAAGUGCAAGAAGCUUCAAUACUAAUACUUCAAAGCUCCCUCACAUGCUGUUUUACGGGCCUCCCGGGACAGGCAAAACUUCGACAGUUCUGGCACUCGCCAAGGAACUAUACGGUCCCGAUAUGAUCAAAUCGAGAGUCCUCGAGCUCAAUGCCUCCGACGAGCGUGGCAUCUCUAUCGUCCGAGAAAAGGUCAAGAACUUUGCGCGAAUGCAAUUGACCAACCCGCCCCCCGGCUACAAGGACAAAUACCCUUGCCCUCCCUUCAAGAUUAUUAUCCUCGACGAGGCCGAUUCCAUGACACAAGAUGCCCAAAGCGCACUGCGACGAACCAUGGAAACAUACAGCAAGAUUACUCGAUUCUGUCUCAUUUGCAAUUAUGUGACUCGAAUCAUCGACCCGCUUGCUAGUCGAUGCAGCAAAUUUCGUUUCAAGAGUCUCGAUCAGAGCAAUGCAAAGAAGCGACUGGAGGAGAUUGCAGAGAAGGAGGGCGUGCCACUCGAGGACGGCGCUGUUGAUGCACUCAUCAAGUGCAGCGAGGGUGAUCUUCGAAAAGCCAUUACUUUCUUGCAAAGUGCUGCUCGACUUGUUAGCGCCAAUGCCCCCGACAAGGAGGGUGAGGGUGAGGAGGUGAUGGAUGUGGACAAGAAGGCGGUCACAGUCAAGAUUGUUGAGGACAUUGCUGGUGUCAUUCCGGACACGACCAUCGAUGAUCUCGUCAAAGCAAUACGUCCGAAGAAGUCAGGAUCCUCCUACCAGACCAUUUCGGACGUCGUUGAGAAACUAGUUGCAGAUGGCUGGAGCGCAGGUCAAGUGGUCAACCAACUCUACCAAACCUUGACAUACGACGAGACGAUACCCGAUGCACAGAAAAACAAGAUCGUGUUGGUUUUCUCAGAAGUUGACAAGCGAUUAGUAGAUGGAGCAGAUGAGCAUCUCUCUAUCCUCGACCUGUCAGUGAGGAUAUCGACCAUCAUGUCGAGGAAGUGAGCUAUCGGCUCUGUAUCUAGUGUGCUGCAUCAAGAGAUGAGGGACGGAUUCAUGGUUAUAAAUGGGUUGGCGUUUUAAACUGGCUCGAUAUCACCGGACAUCUAUUGUACUUGUCGCUGUUAUUCUAAUCCUGAGCUGCGUCUCCCUGACCAAUUAAUCCGAGGUUACCUUGCAGAAUAGACCAGGCAUCUCUCGGCCCCGUGAUUCUCUUCUCUGUAUGCCUU